UAGAGUCUCUACAGCACAGGCUCAGAACCGGGAUGCCAGGAGGUGGUGAUUGCAUUGUGUCUAUUGUAUCCCUGGACUUGAGUGUUUGUAUCAUUCUCUGAACUACAGAUAGUGAAAAGAAUGGCAGAGGAGCAAGAAAUCAUGUGCAAACUGGAAAGCAUUAAAGAGAUACGGAACAAGACCCUACAAAUGGAGAAGAUCAAAGCUCGACUGAAGGCUGAAUUUGAGUCCCUUGAGUCAGAAGAGAGGCACCUGAAAGAAUACAAGCAGGAGAUGGAUCUCCUGCUGCAAGAGAAAAUGGCCCAUGUGGAAGAACUCCGGCUCAUCCAUGCUGAUAUCAAUGUGAUGGAAAAUACCAUAAAGCAGUCUGAGAAUGACCUAAACAAGUUGCUAGAGUCUACCCGGAGGCUACAUGAUGAAUAUAAGCCACUAAAGGAACAUGUGGAUGCCUUGCGUAUGACUCUGGGCCUGCAGAGACUCCCUGACCUAUGUGAAGAGGAGGAAAAACUAUCCUUAGAUUACUUUGAGAAGCAGAAAGCAGAGUGGCAGACGGAGCCUCAGGAGCCCCCCAUCCCUGAGUCUCUGGCCGCUGCCGCUGCUGCCGCCCAACAACUUCAAGUCGCUAGGAAGCAGGACACCCGACAGACAGCCACCUUCAGGCAGCAGCCCCCACCUAUGAAGGCCUGCUUGUCAUGUCAUCAGCAAAUUCACCGGAACGCACCUAUAUGCCCUCUGUGCAAAGCCAAGAGUCGGUCGCGGAACCCUAAAAAGCCAAAACGGAAGCAAGAUGAAUGAAGAGAGGGAGGACACAUAAAGCUCUGCUGUUCAUAACCCCCUUUUGGCCAAAAUUAAUGAUGCCCUGAUGUAAAAGAACCUUUCCCAAGUCUACCAUGUCUCCUAUUUAUGUGAUGGAAGCACAAACUUCUCACUUUACUGUUAUUUCUUUUCUACUCUAGGGAUGACUGGUUUAGGAUGAGAUGUGAUUCAGGUGCUAAUGACAGUGUGUCUGAUGAUCUUUUCUCUCCCACCCACGUUUUCACCCCUGCUAUUGUUACAAGAAACUGAGGGAAAGAUAGAAAUCCCAUAUAUUAUUGUUUGUCUUCUCUAUUCAGUCCAAGGGCCAACUGGAUGGGUGGGGAAGACCCGUAUUUCAGGUAAAUACUUCAUUGUGCCCUCAUACUUUUGCCUUAGACUCUGAAGGAACAACAGUCUUGCUGAACUUUCUACAGACUCAGUGCAUUUAUCCCCCCUCCUCCAGGCUUAUCAAGGCCCAGGAGUCACUUAGACAAGCCCUCCUUUCAUACUAAUUUCUGAAAUCCAGCUGUUACUACAAGGUUCACAUUUAUCACCAGUGUCUCAGAUAUACUAAAGUUCUCAGAUAUCAGGUUGUUUGUCUGGGAAUCCUUAGAUAUAUAGACACCCCCACCCCAUAAUCCUAGUUAUUGCAAAUUAGUAACCGUUUGCCCCCUCUGUUAAAUCAAGGAGCCCGGAUCUGCAUAAUUCACUUCCGAAGUUUUUGCGCUGAGCUCAGGUCUCUGCUGUAGGUACUUCUUUUAGUAUUAUGUUUUGUUCAAAAUCUUAACUCUAUAACUUACUCAAUGAUAUAUCUUAAGAAUCAGAAGAUUAUGUUGACUUUUAGAUGAGUACCAAUCACAUUACACUGGGAGAUUGGUAGGAUUUUACCUGUAUUCACUCCUUUCAGUCUUGGGUCUGUUAUGUUCUGUAAGACAGUUUCAGCUCAGAUCAGCAGUUCACCUUCCUCUUCUUUUGGACAAUGCAGGUAGUUUUUACACUCCAUCCUCAAGGUAAAGAACACAGGCUCUCUAAACUUACCCUUCCACCAAAGUCAGCUUUCUAGUCAAGUCACUCUCAGACUUCAGGGACAGAUAUGUAAAAAGAAGAAGAAGAAGAAGAAGAAGAAGAAAAAAAACCUUUUAAAUCCAGGUAUCAAUCCCUGACUGCAGAUAGUGAAAUAUUUUUCCUUCCUUUCUUAACUGUAGUUUUAAGUUGUCACGGUAUUUCUGUGUUAAAUAUUGAAAAGGUCCCCUACUUUUUGAAAAGAGAGUUAUGUCUGUGCAGAUACUUUAAAAUAAAGAUUUGUUCAUUGGAGUAAAUGAAAUUUUUAUAAGAGUGACUGAGAUGUGAAGCUAUUUUAUCUUCUGGUAAAAAGGUCUCGCCCUCUCAGACUUGUAUGUAUAGAAACAGUUGGAAAAAAAUUGUCAUAUUUGCAGACAAUGUCCCACAUCUUCAAACAAAAUUUUAAGUAAGGUGUUCAUUUUUACAUAUGGCAAAGCAGAAGCUCAAAAAGAGUAAAGUAAUUGUAUGAAGGGACAAAGGUAGAGUCAGACUCGUGUCUAUCUACUUCUAAAACCCUUCUAUCAAAGUAGAGUUUUCAGGUAACUCUGAGUUCUGCUUAAAGAAGAACAAAAAAAAAAAAAGAA